CUGCAUGUUUGGAACUAAAAACAUACUUUCCUAUAGAAAUAUCAGUAAUUUUAGGAAAGACAUACAUUCUGGGCAUGUCACAGUCUAUCCUACCCUAAAUAAGGGGUGGAAAAUGGGAGCACUAGUAAGAGGCAAGUAAAAGCUGAUUUACAUUUGGGGGAAACUCGCAAGGUUUGUUUUUGGCUGCCCUAGGCUGUAAGGAAGGCCAAAGAGUAAAGGAAUUGCCCUAUUGGCGCCCUAGAACUACACUUCCCAGAAUGCCACAGUGCAGGCUUCCCUGCGAUUUCGGUCUUGGACUUUGAGCACUGCAGGACUUGGUGCUGAGGGACACUGGCACGUGUGCACUCAUGGCUUCUAGCAAGGCAGUGAUUGUUCCCGGGAACGGAGGCGGGGAUGUGGCCACCCACGGCUGGUACGGCUGGGUGAAGAAGGAGCUGGAGCAGAUACCUGGUUUCCAGUGUUUGGCUAAAAACAUGCCUGACCCAAUUACAGCUCGAGAGAGUAUCUGGCUGCCCUUCAUGGAGACGCAGCUGCACUGUGAUGAGAAGACCAUCAUCAUAGGCCACAGUUCCGGGGCCAUCGCAGCCAUGAGGUAUGCAGAAACACAUCGAGUAUAUGCUAUUGUAUUAGUGUCUGCAUACACAUCAGACUUGGGGGAUGAAAAUGAGCGUGCAAGUGGAUACUUCAACCGUCCCUGGCAGUGGGAGAAGAUCAAAGCCAACUGCUCUCACAUUGUGCAGUUUGGCUCCACUGAUGAUCCUUUCCUUCCCUGGAAGGAGCAACAAGAAGUGGCUGAUAGGUUGGAAGCCAAAUUGUACAGAUUCACUGACCGUGGCCACUUUCAGAACACAGAGUUUCAUGAACUGAUUAGUGUGGUAAAGGCUCUGCUGAAAGUACCAGCAUAGUCAGGAGGAUUUCUGCUAUUUUACAUCCCAAUGUAGGGGUAGAGCAACAAAAUCUAUUAUCAUAUCAUUACUGGGCACAUAAGCAGGUCAAGUUAAGUUCCAUCUCCCACCCCCCUUCCCUUGGUGAGCACUGAACUGUUCUCUUUGUCCAUGUGUUUGUUCAUAUUCCACAUAUGAGUGAAAUCAUCUGGUGUUUGUCUUUCU